AUGAAACUAAUUAAGAGACGAAUCGAAAAAGAUCGCUCGGGCUUUUUGGUCCUUUGUCCUGAGGAGCUCGAAGAUAUGUGGCAUGUUUAUAACCUGAUUUCAAUAGGCGAUCAACUUAAAGCUACAACAAUUCGCCGAGUUCAGCGUCAAAGUACUACCGGAUCAGUAGUAUCAGAACGCGUCAGAUGUGUGUUGACAAUAACUGUAGAUAAUAUCGAGUUCGAUUCGCAGGGUGGUCUAUUGAGAAUUAGAGGAAGAGUCAUUACCGAGAAUCGAUAUGUGAAGAUGGGUACAUAUCAUACCAUCGAUCUUGAAAUGAACAGACAUUUCACACUUUUAAAACCCGAAUGGGACAUAAUAGCGCUUGAACGUGUGAAUGAAGCAUGUGAUGUUACGAAACAAGCAGAUGUUGCCGCGGUGGUUUUACAGGAAGGGUUAGCAAACGUUUGUUUGGUCACACAAAAUAUGACGAUUGUCAGACAACGGAUCGAACAACCUGUUCCACGGAAGAGAAAGGGCUCUGUGACAAAUUACGAAAAAGGAUUGCAAAAAUUUUUUGAUCAAGUCAUGCAAGCCAUUAUAAACCAUGUCAAUUUUGAAAUUGUAAAGGUCAUUAUUUUGGCUAGUCCCGGUUUUGUCAAGGAUCAAUGCUUUAAUUAUAUCUUUGCCGAGGCAGUGAAACAAGAAAACAGACAACUUAUUGAGAAUAAAUCAAAGUUUGUUCUUAUACAUUGUUCUUCCGGCCAUAAGUAUGCUUUGCAAGAAGUAUUACAAGACCCUUCUGUACAAAGUCAGCUUUCCGAUACGAAAUACGCACAAGAAGUUUUAACGCUUGAUCGAUUUUUCAAGAUGUUAAACGAUGAUCCUGAUAGGGCUUUCUAUGGAUGGAACCACAUAAAGAAAGCUGAAGAGAGAGGUGCCAUUGGAACUUUGUUGUUAUCGGAUGAGCUGUUCAGGGCAGCAGAUAUUCCGACUCGUAAGAAAUAUAUUCAACUUGUCGAGUCAGUACGUGGCACUGGUGGUAAAGUGCUGAUAUUUUCAAGUUUACACGUUUCAGGGGAACAACUCAAUCAACUUACUGGAGUUGCAGCAAUAUUAAACUUUCCUUUACCAGAUAUUGAGUUGGAGGAUGAGGAGGAUGAGGAAAUCGAACGAGCAGCUGCAAUGGAAACAACAUAA